UUUUUUCUUUCUUUCUUUCCCUUUUCUAAGAGAGAGCUUUAAGCUACAAAAUCAAUGGCGAUUGAGAUUGAGAUCGAAGCAAAGCCAACGGUGGAGCUCUCCAAAGUUGCAGUCUCCGACACUCACGGCGAAGACUCGCCGUACUUCGCCGGCUGGAAAGCUUACGACGAAGAUCCUUACCACGAAUCAACCAAUCCCWCCGGCGUCAUCCAAAUGGGCCUCGCAGAAAAUCAARUGUCUUUCGACUUGUUGGAGGAGUAUUUGGAGCAGAAUUGUGAAGGGGGAGCAGCUAAUUCUAAUUCUAAUUCUUCUGGGUUCAGAGAAAAUGCCUUGUUCCAAGAUUACCAUGGGCUGCUCUCUUUUAGGACUGCAAUGGCUAGUUUUAUGGAGGAAAUUAGAGGUGCAAGAGCCAAAUUUGAUCCCAAUAGAGUUGUUUUAACUGCUGGUGCCACUGCCGCCAAUGAGCUUCUCACUUUCAUUCUCGCCGACCCUGGCGAUGCCUUGCUUGUCCCCACUCCUUAUUAUCCUGGAUUUGACAGAGAUUUGAGAUGGAGAACUGGAGUGAAAAUUGUACCAAUUCACUGCGACAGUUCAAAUAACUUUGAGAUUACUCCCCAAGCUUUGGAAGCGGCUUAUAACGCUGCAGUGGCCAUGAAUAUCAAAGUUAGAGGAGUUUUGAUCACGAACCCAUCAAACCCACUUGGCGCCACCAUCCAACGGUCCACAAUCGAAGACAUUUUGGAUUUCGUGACACGCAAAAACAUCCACCUCGUAUCCGACGAAAUCUACUCCGGCUCUGUCUUCUCCCCGGCCGAGUUCACCAGCGUCGCCGAGGUUUUGGAAUUCCGCGGCUACAAAGACGCCGAGCGGGUCCACAUCGUAUACAGCCUCUCCAAGGACCUCGGCCUUCCGGGGUUCAGAGUCGGCACGAUUUAUUCGUACAACGAUAAAGUCGUGACGACGGCUCGGCGGAUGUCGAGCUUCACGCUCAUAUCUUCCCAAACGCAGCAGCUUUUGGCGUCCAUGUUGUCGAACCGGAAAUUUACGGAAAAGUACAUUAAAAUGAACCGGGAGCGGCUGAGGAAGCGGUAUGAUAUGAUAAUUGAAGGAUUGCGAACCGCUGGAAUCGAGUGCUUGAAAGGAAACGCCGGUUUAUUUUGUUGGAUGAAUUUGAGUCCAUUGCUGAAGAACAAACCAACCAAAGAAGGAGAGAUUGAGCUUUGGAAAUGCAUACUGAAGGAAGUGAAAUUGAAUAUCUCGCCCGGUUCAUCGUGUCACUGCUCUGAACCGGGUUGGUUCAGAGUUUGUUUCGCCAACAUGAGCGAGGAGACUCUAGACGUUGCUCUUAAGAGAAUACAUUGCUUCAUGGAGAAAAUGAAGAAGGAAGAAGUACAAAACUCAGGCUUUGGUCUUUAG